GGCAGGUGAGAUAAGAGGGGGGCUGACGGGACCUGAUAUAGGCUUUGGAAAUCUCAAAGCCCAUCCCCAGUGACAAACCCCCUCCAACAAGGCCACACCUAAUCCUCAAAUGGUCCACCAAGUAGGGACCAAGCAGUCAAAUAUAGGAGAGAGUUGGGGCCAUGCUCAUUCAAACCACCACAAGUGGGCCUCUGACGGAGGGCACCAACUCUACAACAACUGAGAAACUUAGCACCUUUAUUGCGCAUUGAAUAAGGAGUCAGGUUAGCUAGUCUUGGUUGAAGGUCUCUGUAGCCAGACAAUCUCAAGUUGUAGUCAUCCUGGAGGAGGAAGCUGCGGUGAUAGUUUUCACACACAAGGUCAAUAUCCACACAUGGGCCAGAAGAAGGCUUUGCUAUUAUCAUGGGUCAGAGACAUUGGUCCUUGACAUGGCUGUACUCCUGCCAAUAAUCCACGUUCACUCAAGAUUUCCUUUAAUUUAUACUGCUAAAUUUAUUCCACCAAAGAAAAUAUCAGCUGAAGACAAAGGAACACAUUUUAAUACUCUGUACUGUCAUACAUACAAAUACCCUGAGAGUACCCAGUGCAGCUUGACUUCAAUAGCUGAAUUUUUAAAGGAAAGUCUGAAAAAAUGCUAAUGGGAGACCUAACUCUUUGAUGAAACCAUCAGGCUUGGUGAAUUUAUCAAAAUUAAUGUAAAACUGAGAAGGCAAAGCUGAAAUGCUUUGGAAAGCAAUGUUUUUAGAUAGCUUCAUCUCUUUCCCUUUUAGAACAGACGCAGAUGAAAUGGUCUCUAUGUGGAUGCACAAUGAUAUCCUCUUCAGCUUCCUAAAUGCAAGCCUGUGGGUUUAAACAGCAUGCUUACCUUUACAGCAUACUCAUAGUAGUGUAGGACAUAAAUUGAAGCAUUUAACCCCAGGAACAUUAGUUAUAGAAUGCAUUGCUAUUCCAAGGGAAUAUUGGGGAAAGAGGAAGGGAAAAAGGAAAAGAAACAGAGCAAACAAGUAACUGAAAAUAGCCAUCAAGGUACCUCAGGGACUUUAGAUUGUGGCUACAAUGUGACCCACAGGAGCCACUGCCUCACGUUCCUGAUCCCUGAUCGCAGGCUUUCUCACCAUGAGGGGCUGUGAACCAAAGCUGCUAUUGCUAUUUUAUCACAAGAACAAGAGAUGAAAACUGGUUCUGAGAAGUGGGAUAUACAAACAACAAAUCUACAACAAAUUUGACCUUGUGGUUAGUAAGCCUUUGCAAGGAGCUUGUGGGAGGAAUUUGGAAACAUGUGGAGUUGUUGGCUAGAGAAACCCUAGACUGCCCUAAGCAGUGCUGAAGUGUGAAAGACCACAGCUCCAACAGUGUGGGCAGUGAAGUCCAGGCUCAGGAAGUUUCAGAGGGAAACAGAGACUCUAUCAGAAAUUGGGUUAAAGACCACUUCUGUUACAUUCUGGCAAAAAUCUGGCCACACUAUUCCUAUAUCCUGAGAAACUGAGGUUUAAAUAAAAAAAAAAAAAAGGACUAAUUUGUUUGGUAGAAAUUAUUUCAAGAUAGCAUGCACUGGGCUGUGGCAUAUUUACUGCUUUUAGCAAUGUUUUCAGCAACUGAGCAGAAAGAUAUGAAAAAUGUGCAGGUUUGUGAGGGAAAGGAUCUUGAUGAAGCUUAAAGUUGCAGACAGGAGUGUAUAAUUGUUAAAAAUAUCACCGCAGUUUAGGAGAAGCCUUUUGCUUUUCACUGGGACAGUAGAAGAGGUGCCUUGGGAACAAUGACUCAUCCAUUGAAGGCUCUAGCUUGGAAAAAACCCAAAUUCAUUUGGAAAGGGGAGAGUGAACCGAGAAUAUAUCUGAAGGUGUUCUCUGCAGGGAUCCCUGCCUGAAAACAUUCUCCUAAAGAAGUGUUUCCCUAGAUUUGGCUUUGAAGAUACAUAAAGGCUGUUGGAGUUGUGGUCCAAGGGCCCAGUCUAUGUCUCCAGAUGGCAACAGAACUUGGCAAGUGGUGAUUUUGCAGUCAGGCUAGAUCCAAGAGUGGGGGUCAUGAAAACUUGUACUGACCACUGAGGCCAGCCAAUGUGUGGUAGAGUCUGAUUACCGGCAAGAAGGCCCUCAGAGGCCAUUGUAUGAAGCUGUGAAGGUGAAGCCUAAGUUAUAGAGACUCCAGCAUGUUGGAGAUGUCAGGACGGUGAGGCAUCUGCUGAGGAAAGCUGCAGGCAUUAAGUGGAGCCAGCCCAAGAGAAAGGCUACCUGUACCCUAGGGAGAAUUGGAUCACUGCAUCUGUCUCAGCACUGUAAUAAUGAUUUAUCUAGCUAUCCAAGCCUGCCCCUUUGAUUUCUCUCCCUUUUACUUAAGUUAAAACACACCGAUUCAACCUGCUGAAUGUAUUGCCCCAUGGGAUCAUUCAGGUCCGUGCAUCUUGUCCAAGCUCUCAAAACUGUCUCACUCCAUAGACCUGAAUUUUCUUCCCAACCUGAUCAUGUCAGCCUUGCUGCUCAAAAUUUCCUCAUGAUCCUCCUUUGUAAAGUCUAACCCCCACCCCCUAAUUUAUUGCUCUAGCAAAGGACCCAUGUUUGGUUCCUAGCACCCACAUGGCAGCUAACAAUCAUCUGUAACUCCAGUUCCAAGGGAUCCCACGCCCUCUUAGGGCCGCCCAGGACACCGCACGCACAUGGUGAACACGUGGAACACGUACAUACAUGCACACGCACAAAGCACUCUUACACACAAACCAGAGAGUAACAAAUCCUUUUAAAAAAAAAACAACGAAAUGACUCCUUUAAAAUGAUUAUAACGGCAAUGUGACUGUUGGCACACGUAGGCUGUGAGCUCCCCGGCUCACUCGACUGAGCACCACGAGAGCUUUCCCAGUGUCCUCUGACACUAGCCGCUCACAGAAUUCACACUUGGCGGAGAAUCAGAACCCCGGCCCGUGGAAAGGAAAGUCUCGCGAGAUGUGCAUCGCGAGAGCCUGGCCAGCUGGGGAGUCCGACCAGCCGUUAUAAUCAGCCGUUAACGCCCCUCGGUCCAGUCGGUGCGCUGCCCGGCGCCCGGUGCUGGCCUUCCCCGCCGUCCAGGAGGUUCUGAGGCAGGAGCUCGCGGCGGUUCCAUUCCAUGUUUUCAUAGAGAGGCGCUCCCUCGCGAGGCGGCGCGGAGCCCGCGGACGGCCGGGUAGACCCACGCGGACGACGCCAUGGAGAAGCAGAAGCCCUUCACGCUCUUCGUCCCCCCGAGACUGAGCAGCAGCCAAGUGUCGGCCGUGAAACCGCAGACGGCGGGAGGAGACUCCAGCUACUUCAAGACUAUGAACAAAUGUACGGAAGGUGAUUUUGGGGUUCCAUUUACAGUGUCCAGUCUCUCAAAAAGUCGGGAAAACAUUGAUACAGAUCCUGCUUUACAAAAACUUAGUAUUUUGCCAGUGCUUGAACAGGUUGCUAAUUCUGGCGGUUGCCACUAUCAGGAAGGACUAAGUGACUCCGAUUUUGAGAAUUCAGAGCCAAUGAGCAGACUGUAUUCAAAACUGUAUAAGGAGGCUGAAAAGAUCAAAAAAUGGAAAGUGAACAUAGAAUCUGAACUGAAGCAGAAAGAAAAUAAGUUGCAAGAAAACAGAAAGAUAAUUGAAGCCCAGCGAAAAGCCAUUCAGGAACUGCAGUUUGAAAAUGAGAAAGUAAGCUUGAAAUUAGAAGAAGAAAUUCAAGAAAAUAAAGAUUUAAUAAAGGAGAAUAAUGCUACAAGACAUUUGUGUAAUCUGCUUAAGGAAACCUGUGCUAGAUCUGCAGAAAAGACAAAUAAAUAUGAGUAUGAACGGGAAGAAACCAGACAAGUUUAUGUGGAUCUAAAUAAUAACAUUGAGAAAAUGAUACUAGCUUUUGAGGACCUUCGUGUGCAAGCUGAGAAUGCCAGACUGGAAAUGCAUUUUAAGUUAAAGGAAGAUAAUGAAAAAAUCCAACACCUUGAAGAAGAAUAUAAGAAGGAAGUAAACGACAAGGAAAAUCAGGUAUCACUACUAUUGAUCCAAAGUACUGAGAAAGAAAAUAAAAUGAAAGAUUUAACAUUCUUGCUAGAGGAAUCCAAAGAUAAAGUUAAUCGAUUAGAGGAAAAAACAAAAUUACAAGAUGAAAACUUAAAAGAAUUAAAUGAAAAGAAGGAUCAUUUAACUUCAGAACUUGAAGAUAUUAAAAUAUCAUUGCAAAGAAGUAUGAACACUCAGAAGGCUUUAGAAGAAGAUUUGCAGAUAGCAACAAAAACGAUUUCUCAGCUCACUGAAGAAAAAGAAGCUCAAAUGGAAGAAUUUAACAAGGCUAAAACUGACCACUCAUUUGUGGUUACUGAACUUAAAUCUACUACAUGUACCUUGGAGGAAUUUUUGAGAACAGAACAGCAAAGAUUGGAAAAAAACGAAGAUCAACUGAAACUACUUAUCAUGGAGCUCCAGAAGAAAUCAAGUGAACUAGAUGAGAUGACUAAAUUUAAAAACAACAAAGAAGUGGAACUUGAAGAAUUGAAAAAAAUAUUGGCAGAAGACCAAAAACUUUUAGAUGAAAAGAAACAAGUUGAGAAGCUUGCUGAAGAAUUACAAGGGAAAGAACAAAAACUAACUCUCCUUUUGCAAACCAGAGAGAAAGAGGUCCGUGAUUUGGAAGUACAAUUAACUGUUAUUAAAACAAGUGAUCAGCACUAUUCAAAACAGGUUGAAGAACUGAAAACUGAGCUUGAAGAAGAGAAACUUAAGAAUGCUGAAUUAACUGCAAGCUGUGGCAAGCUUUCCCUUGAUAACAAAAAAUUGGCACAAGAAGCAAGUGAUAUGGCCCUAGAACUCAAGAAACAUCAAGAAGAUAUCGCUAAUAGCAAAAAGGAAGAAGAAAGGAUGUUGAAGCAAAUAGAAAAUUUGGAAGAAAAAAAAAUGCAUUUAAGGGAUGAAUUGGAAUCAGCAAGAAAAGAGUUUAUACAACAAGGAGAGGAAGUUAAAUGUAAAUUGGACAAGAGUGAAGAGAAUGCUCGAAGCAUUGAAUGUGAAGUUUUAAAGAAAGAGAAGCAAAUGAAGAUACUAGAAAAUAAGUGUAAUAAUUUAAGGAAACAAGCUGAAAAUAAAAGCAAGUGUAUUGAAGAGCUUCAGCAGGAGAAUAAGGCCUUGAAAAAAAAAAGUUCAGCAGAAAACAAACAACUGAAUGCAUAUGAAAUAAAGGUCAACAAAUUAGAGUUGGAACUAGAAAGUGCCAAACAAAAAUUUCAAGAAAUGACUGACAACUAUCAGAAAGAAAUUGAGGUCAAAAAGAUAGCUGAAGAAAAGCUUUUGGGAGAGGUUGAGAAAGCCAAAGCAACAGUUGAUGAAGCAGUGAAGUUACAGAAAGAAAUUGAUUUACGAUGCCAACAUAAAAUAGCUGAAAUGGUAGCACUUAUGGAAAAACAUAAGCACCAGUAUGAUAAGAUUGUUGAAGAAAGAGACUCAGAAUUAGGACUUUAUAAAAGCAGAGAACAAGAACAGUCAUCGGUGAAGGCUGCCUUGGAGACUGAACUAGCUAAUAUCAGAAACGAACUUGUGUCCCUUAAGAAGCAACUUGAAAUAGAAAAAGAAGAAAAAGAAAAACUAAAACUGGCAAAAGAAAACACAGCUAUUCUCAAAGACAAGAAAGUACAGGCAUCUUUGCUGGAAUCACCUGAAGCCACUUGUCGAAAAUUUCAUUCUAAAACAACUCCUUCACAAAGUAUAUCUCGGAUUUCCUCAUCAAUGGAUAGCGGCAAAUCCAAAGAUAAUAGAGAUUGUCUGCAGACAUCUGCCAAAACCAAAAACAUUUUAUCUACAACAGUUGUAAAGGAAUAUACAGUGAAGACACCAACUAAAAUGAAAAUACAUCAAAGAGAAAACAAAUACAUACCCACUGGAGGAAGUAAUAAAAAGAAAAAAACAGUCCUUGAAUUUGAUGUUAAUUCAGAUAGUUCAGAAGCUACUGAUCUCUUGAGCAUGGUUUCAGAGGAAGAGACAUCAAACAGAUUUUACAGUAAUAAUUCACCAAAUUCUCAUCUAUUGGUCAAAACACCAAAACAGACUCCUUUAUCUCUAUCAACUCCUGCAUCUUCUGUGAAGUUUGGAAGUGCGAGAAAAAUGAGAGAGGACCGUUGGUCAACAAUUGCUAAAAUUGAUAGAAAAAGAAGACUAAAGGAAGCAGAAAAGUUAUUUACUUAAUUUCAGGAAAUCAAUGUUGAUUAUAGAGACUAAUAAUAUUAAAUGUUAACUUUUUUAUUAUUUCCCAGAGAACCAAACUUUACCCAGGAAUUUAGACUUUAAAAUUACUUGCAUAAAUAAUUUGUGUUCAUGUUACUAUAUUUUGGC